CCAAAUUAAAGCCACUAGUUCAGCGUUACUUACUAAGAGUUUCGACCUUCAAUUCACGAUUUCUCCACGCUACAUAAUAACACGACACGCGAUGACCCGCAGGACCUUCCUUGGCCCUUCUCCCUCGGUCUUCAAGGUUCUCUGCCACGAUUAAACCAGGUUAUCGAGACUAACGAUCUCAAAGGAGAAUAAUGAAUGGGGCAUCCAAACGCCAUCAGUCUUUUUGAUGUUACCUCCAGAUACCCAAUGCCACCCCUCCUCAAUGCCACAAGUAAGGUGGGAUCGAGGCUGUCUUUUAAAUUCGUAGUGCCAUACGAAAAGAUAUUUGCGACUUUCCCGAGAAUGCCCUACCGUCGUCGUUCUUCGUCGAUGUGUUCUGCCAUAGGCACUGACGGUUUUCGGUGCAACGAAACUUCACUUGAAGGUAGAUGGUGUAUACGGCAUCAGGAGCAACGAGUCAAACUGUACAGCAAUUUCAAAGCGUGCCGAACAGCCAUCGAGAAUUUUCCGCAAGGUGACUUGGAACGCGACGUAACGCGAAUCAGAACACUCGAGGCGUCUCUUGCAAAAAAGCUCUGUGAUGUGUUGAGGAGGAAACGCUGGCUGGUUAGAGAGUGUCUCGACGCACAUGAAUGCUUUUGGACACGUUUUUAUGGAGAUGACAUGGACUUUGGCAGUCACGACUACGGGCAUACGUUAAAAAGGAGGUUCAACGAAGUCGAGGCCUUGUUGUUUGCCACGGAAGAACAUCUCCAAGAAAUGCUCCUAUCGGACAUGGGUGCAUUCUGGAUUCUCGACAGGAAACAACCUUCUGGCCAAGUCUCUCAAUUCCUAGAAGCUUGCUGCGAAUAUCCUGAAGUGGUGAUAGAAGAAGCCGAGAUUCCAACCCCAAAGCACAAGAAGCUUACACCAGUCGUGAUUCCCGACCCCGUAAAGGAGGCGUUGAAACAGAAGAGAUAUGCCAUGAUCAUCGGCAUCUGGGAUUACAUUGCUAGAAUGUGUACACCGCCUGAAUCACAAUUCUUCGAGGAACGGCUUGCCAUUAUUCACGCACACAUUGCUCGAUGCAUUCUUACUGAUGCAACAUUGGUCCUCGCUGUUCAGCAGUACACUUCCGUGGAAGACUUCUUACAGGACCUUGACCAGGAUAUAUAUGUGUGGGAAAGGUUGAUGAACCUCUUGUCGCAACCUAAUGUUCACUGUGUUCGAGCAGCUAUCGACGAUGUUCUCCGGUCUGAAGAUGUCAAUGAUGAAUACGUAACUUUUCUUGGGGGAAGACUGUAUCGAAAGUUGAGCGGUGCUUCAUUUCUGCCGUUUCGUGCUUGGAGUCAUUGGGCAGUCUUCUUUCCGUCAUCAUGUCUAUGUGCUGUGCGAAAGGCUUUCUCAUCAGCGGAAGCAAUAUCCCUCUCUUCCAAGUUCAUGCAACUUCACGGCGUGAUCCCACCCUCGGAAUAUUCCAAAUCCAUCAGUGCGAACAUCGAAGUCCUAAACCUCUGCGGAAUCCACCUAAACCAAUUCGAUCACGUCGGUGUUCGCCACUCUAGGCAAAAACGGACAACACCAGAUGGAAGUCCGCUAUGGGUGGAGACUCAGAACGCUAUUUCCUUUACCGGGUCGAUGGCCAUCGAAGAACCCAUAUCACCUCUCUUCAUUUCGGCUUGUAUGCGGCAUCCUGACCUAAUGAUGAAGAUUCGGAAAGGUGGCACCGAAGGGAAUGUCGAUUUUCCAGAGGACUUAUGGUCUUCGCGCACUCGAUCGGCGUCAAGUUGCAUGGAGCUGGAGAGCGCGCCUUGGAUGUCAACAUCUCCUUCAGAUACGAUAUUCAACGACGUGCAACACAAUUUGUCGACUGGAAUGCCUCUUAAGGAUUGUUUGGACUUUGUGGUACUCGACUCUACUGAUUGUGAUUUUGAAGAGGCACUGGGAAAGCUAGCGACGAUCUGUUUGGGUAUCCACGGAGUCAAGGAUUUGUGUGGUUUGUACGAACGGUAUACGAUGUCGUAUCUGAAGGAAGGCGAGCUUCAGGUGGACAAGAGUGGGGAGUUGAUGCCCAUCAAUUGUGCUCCCGAGGAGACGUGGUUAAUGAGGAUGCACCUGCUGGGUGUGGUACUUCCAGGUCGUGAGGAAGACCAAGCUCGCUUUGAGAAGCGGUUCUUAGUUUCCUCAUAA